UUGUAUAGCUAGGAAUCUCCCCCGCUCAUCUCUGUCUCUUUUCCUUUUCUGCCCAUUACACAAUGAUAGCAAUAGAUUCCUAAUCAUCCCCUCCACUCCAUAAGGAAACACACAUAAUUGCACCCAGCGAUGAUCCUAUUCCUUGUAGGAAGAAGCCUGUACUGUGCUGCUCACAAAAAGCUACUGAAAUUCAGUACUUUUAUUCUUUGUUGUCUUAAAUCUUGCAAUAUAAAGUAGUUAAUCCGCAGCAUCUUUUCUUCUAGCCACCAUAUACCAUAUAUCCUUGAAUAUUAAUGUUUAUGGAUCCUCCAUGCAACCUUGCUCCUGCUGUCAGUGGCUUCUACAGCAUGCUUUCAAGAGAACUUGAUGACCUCGAUCAGAGCUUCCUAUCUCACAACUUCAUCUCUGUUCAGUUCCUUUCCAAAGUUCUAUCCUCUCUCCAAUCUUUCCAUUCUCAGCUAACCACUCUGGUUCAGGAACUUCACCUUCCCGUGGGAGAAAAGUGGCUUGACGAGUACAUGGAUGAAAGCUCCAGGCUCUGGGAAGCCUGUCUCGUACUCAAAUCAGGUGUUCUAGCUAUGGAAAACCAUCACUCCUCCGGUGCCAAUAUAGCUUCCUCUCUCGAUGGUUAUCGUCUCCAUUCGAAUGCACAAGUUUCACGUCAGGUUAUUCGUGCAAUCGUAGGUUGUCAAAGGGAAGUUAUAGUGCUAGAAGAGGAGAACAAGAGUUUGAUGGAAACAAAAGUAGAAGCGUUGUCACUGAAGUUCGAAGGAAAAUGUAAUAGUCUAUUAAUGAUUGAGUCGAGCUGGUUCAAUGCAUUCAAUGGAUUUCGAGGUGCUCUACACGCAAUGAGGAAUGUUAACUCGUUGCUUCUAUUGAUCUUGCUUGCUGGGUUAGUGUAUUGUUGGCCACCCUUUUGGCAAGGAGCAGCUGCGUUUCGGGAGGGGGAGCAGAUGACGUUUGGUUCAGCCUUCAUGGAUUCAAUAGCAAGACUGCAGCGAAGAGUGGAAAACGGAAUGGAUCAAAUUGGUGGGCAAUCGGCUUCAUCAGCUGGUAUCAUGCUUUAUGAGUUCAGGCAGGCAAGAAUUGCAAUGGAGGAGCUCAAGGCAGAGCUGGAGAGUGGCGGCGCUGUGGAGUGUGGAUCAGGCAUGGACAUCCAAGACAAGGUUGACAGCUUGAAGAGUUGCUUUGGGUUGCUGAGAUGCGGGGUGGAGACCAUAAUUGGACAGGUUGAUGAUUUCUUUGAUGAAAUAGUUGAAGGGAGAAAGAAGCUCUUGGGCAUGUGCUCUCGUCAGCCGCGCACGUAAGCAAACUACGUAGGUGAAGCAACUUUUAGGUACAAGG